CUAAAUUGAAACUGAGCCCAAGCAUAGUUUAUGAAAAGACACUAAAAAAGUGUUGAGAGGAGAACUGAUUUUUAAGAUCAUUAUUUUUAAUGUAACCUAAUUUGAGUUGAUAUUCUGACUAUUGUCUCGUUUAUAAUGGACGUAGCUAAACUGAACGAGUAUGCACAGAGAGAGCGCUUGGAGCUGAAGUAUGAGGACGUUGGAUGUGUUGGCCCUGAUCACAUGAAAACAUUUACUAUCAGAGCAGUCCUGGGUGGUAAGGCGUAUCCUGAUGGUGCGGGGAAGAACAAGAAGGAAGCCAAACAGAACGCAGCAAAGAAUGCUCUGAGAGUCUUGUUUGGAAAGCCAGAUGACUCUCCUGGAGAGGAGAAACAGAGUGGUGCAUCAAGCCAACCAGAGGAGGAAUUGGAUCCAAAGGUGUCAGACAUCUGUGAUAAGAUAAGGAGCUUGAGUGUGAGAACCAAAGACAAAGGUCUUACAAAGACAAAUUUCAUAGGAAUCGUCAACAGCUACUGUCAGAAAAAAGACAAACACCCUGAUUACAUCUUAGUGAAAAGAUGUGGUCCAUCUCAUAACCCUCAGUUUUGCUACAGAUUAAGGAUCGACAAGAAGGACUACCCUGUGGGUGAAGGAAAGACUGCCAAGGAAGCCAAACAAAAUGCAGCUGGCUUUGCUUGGUCUGCUCUUCAGGAACAAACUGACUGGGAUAGCAAGGUGUCCAUUAGAUCAACAGUGUCUGAAGAUGGUGAACCAUCUAUGUUGUCAGUGCCGUCAGCUACCCCGGAGUCCCAUGAAUCAUCAACACAAAGCACGCCAGUGAUCACAUUCAAAGAUUCAACCCCAUCUAAGGCUCAGGAUGCUGUCAAAGACAAGAAUAUGGGAAAUGGUCCAAAGGAGAUAUCCACCCAGUCAAGGUUUACCUCAGACUUCGAUCCCAUGGAGUGUCUUGGCAGAGGAGCCUUUGGUCGUGUUUACAAAGCAAAACACAAACUGCUGGACAAGUUUUAUGCUGUAAAGAUCGUCUGCUGUGACGAGAAAUCUCUUCGAGAGGUGGGGACAUUGUCUGAGCUCCUCCACCAUAAUAUCAUCAGAUACUACACAUUUUGGAUGGAGGAUUCAGGAUACAAAGGUGACAAUGACAUCUCCCACCAAUCUACAGAAAAUUCAUCAGCAAAGUACCUCUAUAUUCAGAUGGAGUUAUGUGAGACCAAAACACUGAGACUGUGGAUUGAUGAGAAGAACGCUCAGCCUCUGCAAGACUCCAAGAGAAGAGAAGAAAGUCUAAGAAUUGCUCAGCAAAUAGUCAGUGGAGUCGAAUAUAUUCACUCCGUGAAGCACAUACACAGGGACCUUAAGCCUGCAAACAUCCUGUUUGGCCUGAAUGGAGAAAUAAAGAUUGGGGACUUUGGUCUGGUCACCAGGGAUGAUGAUGGCUCUUUUAUGGACAGAACAGAGAACAAAGGAACCCCCAUCUACAGGGCUCCUGAGCAAUGGAGGGAGAGGAACUAUGACCGAAAAGUGGACAUAUUUCCUCUGGGGCUGAUAUACUUUGAACUCCUUUGGAAACUCCCUACUGGCCAAGAAACACGUAACACUGUUUUGUUUGAUGCCAGAAAUCAGAAGCUCCCAAAUGACUUUUCACUGACUUUUCCUGAAGAGAACCAACUCAUCAAGUUGAUGCUGCAUGUGAAGCCAGAGGACCGUCCUGAAGCAAGUAAACUGAGGGCAAACCUGGAGAAGUGGGCGCAGACAUUCAACUCACAAAAUGUCUCUGAGGAAAGUUACAGCUCUCUCUUGUCGCCAUUUAAAUCUGACCAGCAGUGCAGAAGAACGUGUGUACUCACAGUUUUCUUAUUCAGGAUGGAGGAAAAUAAAAAUUACAUUGCUAAACUACAUGAGUUUGCACGGAGAACACGCUGUGAGCUGAAAUAUGAGGACGUGAGAUGUGAGGAAACUGACGGCAUUAAAAGAUUCUUCAAGAGGGCUGUGGUCAAUGGUCAAGGCUUUCCUGUUGGUGAGGGGAACAAGGCAAAGCAAGCCAAGCAGAACGCAGCUAAAAAUGCCCUGAGAUGUUUGAGUGAGAAGGAGAAUCAGAGACCGGUGACAGAAAAUGCUACAAAAAAUCCCACUGCACCAGUUCAUCCCACGAGUGCUGCCAAAGUCAACUCUGUAGACUUUCUCAAUGAACAUGCUCAGAAGAACAGGACCGGAAUAAAGGCUGUGGAGUCAACCAGACCGAAACAAAAUAAUGUUGCUCAAUGCUGUAGCUUCGUGCUUGGUGAUAAGGAGAAUCCAGCUGUCACUGGGAAAACAAAGAGGGAGGCUAAGAAGGAAGCAGCAAAGCGUGUAUAUGACGAAAAAUAUGUCAGUAAAACUACAGAGAUGGUCUCCUGUUCAGCUCUAUUUGAUAAUGGUGCACCAGCCAAACCGUCCACACCACCGACUACACCGGAGUCCAGUGAUCUACAAUCAAAAAGAGUGGCAUCAACUUCAUGUGACUCAGUUGUUUUCACCAAUUCAUCAAGUCCUCCCAUGGAUCAGGACCAAAAUCCUGUUGUGAAGCCCAAAAGUCGAAAAUUAAUACGUUUCCAAGAUGCCUGUGAAAGCAGCAAUGAGAUUGUGAUUAUUCCCAGAAAAAGGAGCACAGGAAACAGCCCCAGUGAGAAUAUAUCAGCUCAGUCAGAAAUCUCAAGGUUUACAUCAGAGUUUGACUCUAUACUGUGCCUCGACAGAGGAGCCUUUGGUUGUGUUUUCAAGGCAAAACACAAACUGACAGGGAAGGAUUAUGCUGUAAAGAUCGUCCUCUGUAAAGAAAAAGCUCUACGAGAGGUGAUGGCUUUAUCAGACCUCAGUCACCGCAACAUUGUUCGAUACUUCUCAAGUUGGUUGGAGGAUUCAAGAUACCAAUGGGACAGUGCAGAUGACAGCUACAGCACUUCACAGUCUUCUAUUGAUGAUUCAUCGGUAAAGUGCCUCUAUAUUCAGAUGGAGUUGUGCAGCACCAAAACACUCAGAGUGUGGAUAGACGAGAAGAACGCUCAGAAUGUGAAGAAAUCUCUGCAAGACUUCAAGAGAAGAGAUGAAAGUCUAAGCAUUGCUCAGAAAAUAGCCAGUGCAGUUGAGUACAUUCACUCCAAGAUGCUCAUCCACAGAGACCUGAAGCCUGCCAACAUCAUGUUUGGGCAAGAUGGAGAAGUGAAGAUCGGAGACUUUGGUCUGGCUACUAAUGAGAACGAUGACAUCGCUGAGAACCAGAUAGAGAGAACUGGUUACAAAGGAACUCCAUCUUACAUGGCUCCUGAGCAAAAGACCCAGAAUUAUGACCGAAAAGUUGAUAUAUUUGCUUUGGGGCUGAUAUUCUUUGAGCUCCUUUGGAAUAUUCCCACUGUUCAUGAAAGACACGUGGUUUGGAAAAACGUCAGAACACAGAAAUUUCCUGUAGAGUUUCAACGUAAAUUCCACCAAGAGUACAUUAUAAUAAAGCCAACGCUGUGUGAGAAGCCAGGAAAGAGACCCGAGGCAAGUCAGCUCAAGACCGACUUGGAACAGUGCUCUCGCAUGCUCAACACUCAAGAACUAGUGCGUCGUGGCAGCAGGACGGUGUGAUGAUUUAAAAAAAACAGUUGUUUAUAUCAUUCUACCCAUGUAGAUGAAGCUGAGGGGUAUUCCAGAAAGCAGGUUUAGUGAAAACUGAGUAUGUUAACCCUGAAAUGAGGGAAACUCUGGGUUUUCAGUUCCAGAAAGAGAGGUAAAUCAAACUCUGAGUCAAUCCCCAUGGCAAUUGACUCUGAACCUAACCUGCUCUGUCUCCUCCCUCUUACACGCUGUUUCCUUUCCUCAUACAUUCAGUCCGUGUCAAAGCUUGUAUCGAAGCGCAUUAAUUAGUGGAGAUUUACCGUCUCACAGUCUAAAUCCUGCUGGAUAUUAGUUUGUUACUCAGGACUGUCUUAAGUUACUGAAUUUAUGCACAUCAAUC